UUUAGACGUGAUCGGUCGAAUAAGUGUUGUUAUAAAAAUUUAUAUGAAUAUUAGCGAAAUAUAUCGCUUCAUAUUUCAAUAUUAAAAUGGCGGCUUUAAUUGAAAAAUUAGUCAUCGAGUACCGUUUUUUGUUUGAUGAGUUAUGUGAUCCUAGAACAAAACAUUGGCCGCUGAUUGGAAAACCGUAUCAAGGAAUUGGACUAUGUGCAUUAUACCUCCUGUUUGUUAUGAAAUGGGGACCAAAAUGUAUGGAGAAGAGAAAACCCUUCAAUUUAGAACGCAUCCUUAUUGCUUAUAACGCUUUACAAGUGAUACUAUGUUCAUAUGUUUUUGUGACCGGGGUUCAAAUUUGGUCAAAUUAUAAAUUGAUAUGUGAACCAACUGAUUUUUCAAAUUCAGAAUCUGGAUUGAAAGCAGCUGAAGCAGUAUAUUGCUAUUUUUUACUGAAAGUCUUAGAUUUACUUGAUACGGUAUUUUUUGUUUUACGUAAGAAAUUCAAUCAAAUAUCUUUUCUUCACGUCUAUCACCACACAGGAAUGGUGGUGCUUACAUGGGCUUGUACAGCGUACUAUCCAGGUGGCCACGGCACGAUGGUUGGAUUACUCAAUUCAUUCGUACACGCAAUAAUGUACUCAUAUUACCUGCUCACAGUAGCCGUCCCAAGCUUGAAGGGCUCGCUAUGGUGGAAGAAGUACAUCACUCAGCUACAAAUUCUUCAAUUCCUAAUCAUGGUUCUACACAUGGGUUGUAUCGUGUUCAUACCGGAUUGUGCCUAUCCCCGCUGGAUCUCAGCUGUGUUCUUGCCGCAGAACUUUUUCAUGCUCAUUCUAUUCGUAGACUUCUAUAUCAAAACCUAUAUAAAACAAUCUAAAACAGAAUCCAAGGAAGAGAAAGUUGAGAAGAACAUCGAACAUACUGAAAUACAACGCUUGAUCGAAUCGCGGCACGUUAAAGAAAAUCUAAACUCUCGUUCGUAACAGUAAAUACAUGUAUAGUAAUAAAAAAAAUUAAAAAAUGAAUUGUAUAUCUUUAGCAUAAAAAUUUCACAAAUGCUCCGUGGCUGUAUUGGAAAGUAAACGAAUUGUGCUGGCUUUAUGAUACGUUUGUACUAAAGGUAGUGUUUUAUUCCUUUAAAUACCAUUUAUAAUAGAAGGUAUAUAGUUAAAAUAAUUAAGCCGUAUUUAUACCUAUAAACAAUACUAUUUACAAGAGAUACACACAUACAUACUUUUUUACAAAAAUAUAAUAUUGUCCUGGAAAUGCUUUUAAGCUCGUUGUGGCAUGUAUGAAUUCUGAAACUGUCUGUUAUAAGUGUUUCUAUUAUUUUAUAAUUCAGAUUGGGUUGACUUUGCUUAUUACUAAAAUAAAUAUUAAGUUAUA